UGACCAUAAUUUUGGUUGAGAAGGACGAGCACCCAUUCGUAGUGGGCCAUAUUUUUAACUUUUUUUGUUAAAUGUUCCUAUCAAAACUUAAUCAGUGAAAACUUCAAUAAAUCAAAAUAUAUUCAAAAUUACAAAAUAUAAUUUUGACUAGUACAAGUAAACUGUAGGUCAAAAGUAAGAUAAGCGUGUAUCUUUCUCGUGAGAAACGUGAUGGACGCCAGUGAUCUUAUUAGACAUUAGAAAAUUUAUAUAUUAAAUUAAUUUACAAUGGUUUCCAAGACGGUUCUAACAAUCGCAGCAGGAGUAUGUGGAACGUUAUUCAUAGGUUAUUGUAUAUAUUUCGACCACAAAAGACACAUGGAUCCCGAUUUCAAAAAGAAGUUACGUGAGCGAAGGCGAGCAAAUAAAGAGGCAGCUAAUGCUAGACGUACUGCAACUACUUUCCCUAACAUGAAAGAUCAUGAGGCAGUGCAAAGGUUCUUUUUGCAAGAAGUACAAUUAGGAGAAGAACUGCUAGCUAGUGGAGAUGUCGAUGGUGGUAUCGAUCAUCUUGCCAAUGCAGUGGCAGUUUGUGGUCAGCCCAAUGAGUUGCUUCAAGUUUUGCAACAGACCCUUCCUCCAGAAGUGUUUCAUGCUUUAGUACAACGUUUACCUGCCGUUGCUCCAAAAGUUUUGAAGCAAGAUAAAAUGCAUGAAGAGGAUGUAGAGUAACAAUUAUUAUUAUAUUAGUCUGCAGAUUUAGAACAUCAUCCCUCUAGGUAUGGAUCACAUAUAUAUACAUAUUUCAUUAAUAAUGCUGUUGUGUAUUCUUAUUUCUAUUUAUUUGAAGCAUUUUUUUUUUGA